UUAUACACAAUUGGGAACCAGUGACCUCAGCACUCAAUGAUCAUCUGCCAUUCAAUCUUCACAGCACUCAAAUGAGAAAGCUGAAUGUUCGAAACAAGAUGUAAAUGUGAAUAAGCUUCAGCUUAAAAGACAAAAGAAGAUUUGUAAGUUUACUCAGAAUCGAAGAGAGCUUGUAGAGCAAAGCUUUCAAGAAGAUACAUUAAUUAUGAGGAUUACAAAGAGCUUUGAAGACACUUAUCUAUGGCUAUAACCAGCAAUAAUCUUCUCUUACCUGUUUCUGUCUGAGAAGCAUGUCGAUUGCCUAGAUCAAGAAUUCCUUGCAAAGAUUAUACCAACGACCAGUGUGUCUUUAAGUGCUGAGGAAGAGAAGGAAUAAAAGGUUGAAAUUCUAAAAAAUCUAUCAGAAACAGCUCAAAGUUGUUCAAAUCUAGCAAGAAAACUCUUAUGGAAAUAGUAAGAAUCAUAUUUGAAUAUUUCGUGAAGGGCCUUAAUGCUUGAGAAGCUCAGAGAGAAAUAUGCCAAUACUAUCCAAUAGACUACAAGACUAUCUUUAAGCUGUAUAAAUACACCAGGAAGAUCAUAUCUGAGUACAUUACUCAGCAAGCUAGGGAGACAAAGCUAGGUCCUACAAAUGUGAUAGAGAUCGAUGAAAGUGUAUUCGCAAGAACCAAUAAUCACAAGUCAGGAUACGAUAUACAUAAAAAAAAUGCUAAAAUAUGGGUAUUGGGAUUCUUUGAAAGAAAUACUAAACAAGCCCGUGCUUUUAUAGUGCCUGAUAGAUCUAAGAAAACUCUGCUCAAGUUUAUCUCCGAUAAUGUUGCAGAAGGAUCAACUAUCUACACAGACUCUUGGAAAGGAUACAAUGGACUUUGAGAGAACUAUGCCCAUAAAGCCAUUAAUAAAUCCGAAAGAAGACCAAGUAAAUAUGGCGAAUGAGGAACAAACCAGAUCGAAUCUUUAUGGUCUUUAAUCAAGAGAGACAUUUGAAAAUACUCCUGAUUUAAAAAGAAUAAUAUUCAAGAAUUUAUCAAUGAAUCACUUUGGAGAAGACAGUUCAAGUCUAUAGAUGAACGAAUUCAGUCUUUAAUUUCAUUAUUCCAGAUAAAGCACUAA